UCGUUAGGGUUUAUAAGGGAACUGUAACGAUUUCUCCGUUCACAUUCCGUGAUUUCACUGAAUUCCCGAGGAUCGGGCGCCAGUUUUAGAUGGAUAAUGAAGCAGGUCAGCCAAAGCAGGAACGCUCAAGAACGAGGUGGACUGCGUCUCUCGAUAAGAUUUUUGCAGAUUUGGUUGUACAGCAGAUUCAACUUGGGAACAGAUCAUCAAAUAAUGUAUUUGACAAGAAAACGUGGAAUCACAUUCGUGAAGAAUUCAACAAGCAAACUGCACUCAACUUCAAUAACAAUCAGUUGAGAAAGCACCUGGAUGUUCUGCGAAUAAGGUACAAUAAUCUCAAGUCUGCUUAUGAUCAAAAUGAGUUUUCAGCCAUGGAGGAAGCCUGCUGCCUUGGAUUUGAUCUAUGGGAAGAUAUUGGGGCACAGCCUAGGCCUGAGCCAGUCAAAGUCAAGGAUUGUCCCAUAUAUGAGCAGCUAUGUGCAAUAUUCACAGAUUCAUCAGUUGAUGGAAAGUACGCCCAAUCAAGUCACUUUGAGGGGCUGGACAAAUCUGCUGGGGGUGAUACUCCUUGCUUAAAUUCAUGUCCUGAAGCUGGAACGACAUUAUUUGAGAAUCCAUCAAACUCAAAACCAGCACAAAACACUCCAUUGUCAGACAAUCCAACUAAAGAUAGAAAAAGGAAACGACGUUCUGAGACGCAACCUCCCUCAGACAAUACUAGGAAAAAUGGGGAAAUAGCUGAGACUAUGGCUGGAGCCUUGCUAGAAAUGAUUACUGCUUGGAGGUCAAGGGCAGGUACCUCAACGCAAACUGAUGAUAGAUUUAGCAUAACAAAUUGCAUCAAAGCAUUGGAUGAGAUAGGAGAGAUAGAAAAUGGUCUAUAUCUUGCUGCUUUGGACCUCUUCGAGGACCCCAACUUCAGGGAGACGUUUCUCUCUCUAAAUGGUAGUGGAUUACGGCUUGCAUGGUUGCAGGGAAAGUGUGGUAAGCCUACUUCAGCUUUCUUUUGAGUUAGGGAUUUUCUUUUAGGUUUUUCCCCGCUUUUUUUUUUUUUUAGGGGGAGCAUAAAGAAUGUUAUAGCAACUGUUCAUAAGGUUUAGGUAAUAGAAUCAUUUUAUAUGAUGGCUGCAUAUGGGCGGUAUGUUUUUAGUUAUGGCAUUACACGAAUUCAAGACAUGCAUAACCUUGUAAUUUUGCAAAUAGGAUUCAUAUUGUUGAUACACAUAUGUUGGCAAUGAUAUGCUGUGAUCUGUCUUAUCUCCAAUUGUUGCGCCCGUGAUUACCUUGU